UACUAUUUUCUGUUCGCAGGUGACACCGGCCUCUGAUUGGACAAAAUGCGGGUUCACGUCUUGUUCUUGUCCCUGGCGCAAUUGGCCCUCGCGUUUCGACACCCGUUUCCGCUUGGCGAAUUGGGCACGAACAACGGAACGAAGUCAUGCUGCUCAUGCAGCUUCAAAGACACGUCGUACAUGGCGUCCAAAUGCGGCGUGAAAACAUCAUUCACGAGCUUGUUCGAGAAACUGAUCGCGUCCACGUGCGAUCUGUCGGAUCCUUGCCGCAGACUUGGCAAAGAGGAAGUGCCGAACGAAUGGUUCGACUUUAUCGUAAUCGGUGGUGGAGUAGCCGGGCCUAUAAUUGCCCGGAGAUUGAGCGACAAUCCUUGGUGGAGGGUCCUCCUGAUCGAAGCAGGACCGGAAGAACCGUCGAUGACUUCAAUCCCCGGACUGGCUGUUCACGCGGUCAACUCGACUUUGGAUUGGAAUUUCAAAACGGAGCCAACAGAACCUCACCCAACCGCUUGUUUAGAAACCGAUGGAGUGUGCACCUGGCCGCGAGGGAGGAUGAUAUCAGGCACCGCGGGUAUGUACGGGAUGAUGUACGCUCGCGGUCACCCGGAGGUCUACAAUAGCUGGGCCCGAUCGGGCGCUACCGGUUGGUCCUACGACGAGAUCGCGCACUACUUCGAACGCGCGGAGGACCCGAUCGACCCGCGGAUACUGUCCGAGAAGGAAAGAACAGUGCCGGUGCCGGGACCAAUGAAGAUCCAGUACUACCCUGACAAGCCAGCGUUCGCGGACGAGCUUCUAAAAGCCGCCUCCGAGCUCGGCUACAGAACGUCGAAUUUGAAAGAGUACACGCAGACGGGCUUCAUGGUAGCCCCGAUGACCACCGACAACGGCGUCCGUGGCACGACCUCGCGCAACUACCUGAGGCCAGUUCACCACAGGCCGAAUCUCAGGGUGCUGAUAAACGCGCAAGUGACGCGAGUUCUGAUCAACCAGUGGCAGAGCAAGGCCUACGGCGUGGAACUGAUCGACAAGGACGGGUACAGGAGGGUGGUGAAGGCCGACAAGGAGGUCGUCCUGUCGGCAGGGGCGAUCGGCUCGCCUCACAUACUCUUGAACUCUGGGAUCGGGCCGAAGGAACACCUGACCAAAUUGGGUCUGCACGUGGUGAAGGAUCUGCCCGUGGGGAGGAACCUUCACAAUCACGUAUCCGUGGCGGUUCACUUCAGCAUCAGGGACACCGCUUACGAGCAAAUGACGAUGAACAGCGUGAACGAGUACCUCGAGACGAGAACCGGACCUCUGAGCAGCACGGGGCUGACGCAGGUGACCGCGUUCCUCGAGAGCAGCUACGCCGUUGCCGGGGUCCCCGACAUUCAGGUGUUCUUCGACGGGUUCUCGCCGAAUUGCCCGAGGACUGGUCUAGAAUUUGAGUGCCUGAACGGGGCGAUCGGUUUCUGCUCGGACAGAAGGCAGAUCGUAGUCAGGCCGACCACAGUCACCGUGGGCAGCAGGGGACACUUGAGGCUCCGAUCUGGUGACCCAACCAGCCCCCCGUUGAUCUAUCCGAAUUACUUCGUGGAUACGAAGGACUUGAAGGUGUUGGUCGAGGGUGUGAGGAAGGUGAUCGAACUGACCAGGACGAGGACCAUGAGGCAGUGGGAUUUUAGACUGGAAACCAGCGUUCAUCCUCUUUGCACCGAUUAUCACUUCGCGAGCGACGCUUACUGGGAAUGUCACGUGAGAGCAACCACCGGGCCGGAGAAUCAUCAGUCAGGGACGUGCAAAAUGGGAGCCUACGACGAUCGAACAGCUGUCGUCGAUCCGGAGUUACGGGUGCGCGGCGUGUCGAACGUUCGAGUCGCGGACGCAUCUGUAUUCCCGACUGUGCCAAACAGCAAUCCCGUGGCAGCGAUCAUGAUGGUCGCUGAGAAAGCGGCUGACAUGAUCACGAACGCUUGGUCGAAAAAAUGAAUCACGUAGCCGCGAGUUUCAGCGUGUCAGUGGCUUGCGGAAGUAUUAGAAAACUCAAAAAAAAAAAAAAAA